AUGUCUCAGAGUAAAAACAGGGAUGAAGUUUUUACUUCGGUGAAGAGAUUGAAUAUUAAGAAUGCAGAUUGGGAAAAGUUUGACAAGGAGCUUUCUUCUGCCAUUAAAGAUUUUAAUGUGCAUAACAAAACUCUAAAAUCAACUGACCAAAUUGAUGACCAAGCUAAAGUUCUUGAGGAGGUUGUAAAAAGAGCAAUGGCAAAAAAAGAAGAUGGAACUCUCACUACUACUGUUGACGAAAAAAGACAUGAAAUAUGGAAGGCACUUCUACCUGAAAUUGAUCAUGGUCUUGAUAGAGAGUUUGAAAUUGACGACGAUUCUCGAUGGCCAAAAUUAGAGUUUGAUGAAGUUGACUCUGCAUUGGCUGAUACCCCAAAUGAUAAAGCUCCAGGAGACGAUGGAAUUACUGGCAAAGUUUUAAAGAUGGCAUGGCUGAAUAAAGACUUUAAGGAAAGGUUUUUCAAGCUUCUCCAAGCUUGUGUGAAGUUUGGAUACCACCCAAAAGUCUGGAGACAUGGCAUUAUUGUUGUUAUACCUAAACCUAAGAAACCUGACUAUUCAAAGCCAAGAGCAUACCGACCAAUUUCCUUACUUAAGAUUCCAUCUAAAGUACUGGAAAAAAUUAUACAAAAAAGAAUGACCAAGCUUACAACACACUUACUUCCACCAGAGCAAUAUGGGGGAAGACAAGGUUAUUGUGCUACUGAUGCUGUUUUGGAACUUGUCCAAAGAAUUGAAACUAGUAAAGAAAAAAUUUCAGCUAUGCUCAUUGAUAUUCAAGGAGCUUUUGAUAAUGUCAACAGAAAUUUAUUGGCAGACACAAUGGAGGAUAUGAAACUACCCAAAGCACUUAUAAACUGGACAUACCAAUUUGUAAGUGAAAGAGAAGCUAGUAUGCUCAUGGACCGAAGAAAAGGAUCAGUGCAAAAAAUUAGUACUGGAAUUCCGCAAGGCUCACCUAUUUCACCACUACUUUUUUUGAUAUAUUCCACACCAAUGUAUCAUGCCAUUAAAGAAUGGGGUGGAACUCCUUUUGGCUUUAUUGAUGAUGUGACUAUUACCGUUGAAGGUAAAAUUGAAGAAAAUACCAAAAGCUUAAGCAACAUAUUAGAAAAAUGUUGUAAUUGGGCUAAAUCAAGAAUGACCAAAAUUGAUUUGGGUGAUAAAUUGGGUUUUAUUCAUUUUACAAAAAAUGUGAAACCUAAAGAUGAGAAAGUGCAACUUACUUUACCUAAUGGAGAACUUCGUGAACCCCAGAAGGAAGUUAAAUUGCUUGGAAUUACUUUGAACAAUCUGCUUGAUUUUAAAUCUCAUAUUUUGAAUAAAAUCAAUAAAGCAAGAAAAGCUGUUGGUGCUAUUUGGCAUCUUGGUGGCGUGCAAAAAAGAAGAAUUGUUGGUGCUUAUCGCACAACUCCUAUUGCGGUAUUACAAAAGGAAGCUGGUAUUAUGCCAUAUAGUAUUAGGCUAAAAUUUAUGGUGGCACGAAAAGCUAUUCGUUUACACCUAAAUAUUAGCAAAACUAAUCCUAUUAAUGGUCAUUUGUUAACAUUGAUUGAGAAAUCUCCAAUUGCAAAGCUAACCACGCUUUACAUGUUGGCGAAAGAUGAUAGAGACUAUAUGAUUAAAAAGGAUGAAAAACGAAAAUGCAAGAGGGUUGAACCUCUUACACUGAAACAACAACAAAAUCAGACGAUUGGAAUUUUGAAGAAACAAGCAAUGGAAGAAUGGCAAGAAAUGUAUUGGAACAGCAGUAAGGAUCUGUGGUAUCAUAAUAUCACAGUGGAGUCGAAAUGUACUGAUAAUCUUUCCAAAAUGGUUACGGGAGUGAUCAUGAAGAAAGAUAGUCGAAGGAUCUUGAGUAAUAUUACUCAGUUUCGCACAGGCCAUGGCAACUUUGGCGCAUGGUUUAAAAAGUUUGGAAUUGAAAAGGAUAGUUACAACUGCAAAUGUGGAGAGCUGGAAACAGUUCAUCACAUUUUAGUUGAGUGUCCUUUGCUUGAAGAGGAAAGAAAAGGACUGAAACGGAUAUCUCCAGAGAUGGACAUGUCGACUCUCUUAAACAGUUUAACUGGCUUACAAGAGAUUGUAAGCUUUAUCUCUGCUUGGAGGGAUUAA